AAACUUGAACGUUCAGGAUGGUGACAAAAGCAGUUAUACUCACAGGUGGUCCUAGUAGGGGUACUACCUUCAGACCACUCAAUUUAGCACAGGACAUGCCUAAACCAUUAUUCCCACUCGGUGGUAAACCUAUGAUUUGGCAUCAAUUACAAGCUUUAUCAGAAGUAAGCGACUGCACGGAAGUCUUCCUUAUUGGCUUCUGGCCCGAGGAAACAUUCGCUGCAUUCGUCAACGAGAGCAACAUUGAAUUCAAGGACCAUUUCAACGUCAGGUACCUCCGAGAAUGGCAGGAACUCGGUACUGGUGGUGGAACAUACCAUUUCAGAGACCUUAUCGCAAAGGGCUCACCAACUGCUUUCUUUGUCAUACACAGCGACAUCGCUUGUGCAUUCCCACUUAACGAUUUGAGGAGCUUCCACGAAAGACAUAGGGGUGUAGGAACAAUACAGGCAGCUCGUGUAAAUAAAGACGUUGCACAUAAGUACGGUUGUAUCGUCAGCAAUGAGAACGCAUUGGCGAUCCAUUAUGCUGAAAAACCAGAUAGUUUUGUGUCAGACCUCGUCAGCACCGGCGUUUAUCUCUUUGACGUCAGUCUGUUUAGCGAGAUAAAGGCAAUCAUGGAUAGUCACUACUACAAGCAACUUGCAUCCGAGGAGAUUGGUUUCGAUGAGGAGAUACUCAGAUUAGAGCAGGACGUGAUAAGACCAUUAGCAGAUGCGCAGAAGAUGUAUGUAUUUGAGACUGACGUCCCGUGGAGACCAAUCAAGAGUGCGGGAUCUGCACUACCUGCUAAUGCCUUAUACCUCGGUCAAUAUCAAUCUAAACAAAGUAAACUACUCUAUAGUGAACCAGCAGAAAGCGAGAGCGACCAUGCUGAGAUCAUCCAACCAGUGACAAUCGAUCCAUCUGCUACCAUCUCCAAAGGAUGUAAAAUUGGACCAUUUGUGUCUAUAGGCCCAAAUGUCGUGAUUAAAGAGGGCGCAAGAAUCGCACAUUCGAUCAUCCAAAGAAACACAGUUGUGGAGGCACACGGUUGUAUAGUCUAUUCGAUCAUAGGUGCUCGCUGUAGAUUAGCACCAUGGGCACGUGUAGAAGGACAACCAUUCACAGGUGAUGAAUCAGCACCAACACAAUCUGGAAUAUGCAUCCUCGCCUGCGACGUCCUCGUAACGAGGGAUGUCUUGAUAAGGAGCUGCAUAGUCCUGCCUAAUAAAUCAUUAUCCACGUCUGCCGCAUGUCAAGUUUUAUUGUAAAAUAUAGAUCUACUAUUGCAUCA